GUUGAUGACGUGAGAUGGAGAGCUCGUGAUGGCGGUUGAUUUGACUCCUCGGUUCAGAAGGUUGAACAGCCAAACUCGAAGUUUUCGUGAAAAUAUUCAGCAUGGUUUCUCUGGGCCCUUCGGUGCCACCCAGCUGUGGCACAACAUCAUCCAGGCCCUGCAAACCCAGGUGGAGGUGCGCCGCUGUAGAAGGCAUCUCCGUGUUCAUGCAGAAUGCUUCACAGGCUCGGACGCUGUAGAUGCUGUCCUCAGUUAUUUAAUGCAGAAUGUGGUGUUUUGCACAAGUGAAGUGUCUCGCCUCAAAGCUGCUCGACUCUGCCAGGCUCUGAUGGAGGCCAAGGUGUUUGAACCAGUGGGUACGAAGCUGUUUCGCAGAGACAAGGAAGUGACCUUUGAGGACAGCAGCUGCAGCCUUUACCGUUUUCUGGAAUAUAAAGUGUUACCUAAUUCUCCCAUGAAGGUGUGCAGCAGUGACACAGAAAACAUGCCACCAGAGGAGCAGGAGUUAAAGAGGAAGAAGAGCUCCAGGUUGAAGGAACUGAGAACAAUCUCAAAUCCCCUUACUGUUGGACCUUCAGACAGGAGGGUUGAGAUGUUGCUAAAGACCAUCAACCUGCGACCAACCUUGGCUCCACCUCUAAACACAACCACCACUACUUCUGCCUUCCUGUCCAAAGCUGUGGUGGAUCAGGUUUGGAAGCAGCAGACGCUGCUGCAGCUGCUACAGAUAGUAGAGUUGCCCAUGCUGGACUGCAUCCUGACCUCUCCUGCCAGGGUUCAGCUGCAGGCCUGCAGAGCUCCUCUGGCCACCCAGGACCUGGUUAUCUCUAACACAUGCCUGGAGCGAGAGCUGCCUGACACUCUUAAUCUGCCCCAGUUUGAUGGGUGGCUGUCAGCAGCGGCAGACUGUCUGGAGCUCUUUCCCGACCAGCUGAUCGUGGUUGCAGGGGAACAGCUCAGUCAACAAGUUGGCGGUGCCUUUUCAGAAGAUCAGCAGGCAGAGCAGAUGACAAUCCAAAAGAGAUUGCUAUUUGACACCAUUGCCAAGUACUACAGCGGACAGGAAAAGGCCCCACUUCUCUCAGGACGCCACCUGGACAUACAUGCUGCAAUUCUGAAUUUGCUGGAUGAAGGGAAGGUGCAGGAUGCAAUCAAAGCAUCUCAGCUGUGUUUGAGACUGCUGGAGACAAGCGUGAGAGAUGAACUCAGGAGAUUACUGGUCUUUAUGGCCACAGCAGCUCACCCAGACGCUUGCCGUCUUCAGAAACAGACUGAUAACAGGGCCUUGGUCUGCCGCACAUUUCAGAGAGCAAUUGUGCAGAAUCAUGAAUUUAAUCGAUCCCAAAGUGAAACCCUGGUUCUGUUUCUUAUGGAAAAUUGCACAGAGCUCUUUAAGACUCCUAAAUCCCUUAUUGAAGUUGUGAGGAGAACACUGAGGACGAUGCAGCAAGGAAAAGACCCUGAUUCAAUUGCCACGUUCACCUUCUGCCAGCAGAUGACGCCACAGGAGUACGAGGACCAGCGAGAGGCCACCACCCUGGAGAGCCUCAAACAGCUUCUUCAUGACAUUUCCUCGAGCAAAACCAUACCUGCCAAGGAGAGGAGGAGGCUGCUCAAAGAGUUUGAAAAGCAUCACCCCGUGGUCUUCCUCCAGCAUCUCUCCAGCACCUUCUGAAACAUGCAACUGAAGGGUAUUGGUUUGACUUCCUAGUUGCCCUUCACAAAGUCAGUUUGAGGUUAUAUGGCACUUAGACUGAAGAAGCCAAUACUUUAAUGCACAACAUAGUUCUAAUUAAACACACAGUCUUCAUGAUGUAGGAUAUUUUCAAACACAGUCACACCUCAGAUCUCACCUAAUGUUUAAUAUCUAGUCUAUAGUGGGACUGACAACAUCAAUGCAGAUAUUUACUAGAUAUAAUUAAUACAAAUCAGGCUGCUACAGCGUAAUAGCAUGGCUGUAGCCUCUCCAAAUUCCUUUAAGUCGCAAGAUUUAUUAUUUUUAUAGUUCUUUUGUUGUAGUACUGGAUGCAUUAUCUCUCUUAGAAAUGUUACAAUUUGGUGCAACAUUUUGAUAUAUUUUUUUUAAGUCAUUGGCAUAAUAAUAGUUGUUUUGCACUAGUUCACUAAACAAUUAAAUAGCAUCUCAUCAAUGAUAUCAGGUUCCUAAUCAGGGAUAGUAGUAAAUUGUACAUCAGUGACACUGGUUUUAUGUUGUAAAGUUGAAUAAUGUUUAAAGAGGACAUUUAAUGUUGUACGCUAGAUUCUUCUGGCAUUACUGUUCAAUACAGUAUAUGUGAAGUAUCAACAGUUAAAAGGGAUUAUUGACAGUGAAGAGCUUGUGUUGUUGGUGCUGUAUUUGGAUUAAGCUAAUGUGUUAUCCUUAAAAGAUGUUUAAGUUAAGUUGAUUAGGGCUUUGGAAAUAUAUCUGCGGUUUGCAGAAGUAAUGCUGUGCACUUACAUCGAGCAUGAAUACUUACAGAUGAAGAAUAACAAUAUUAUAUCAGCCAUUGUGUUUCUUAUUUUGGUUCUUCAGUUUUACUGUAGCAUGCUUAAGGAAAAAUACUUCAAUACUACUUCUACUACUGAUGUAGCUAUAUAAAGUUUAACACAGUUUGUAAUUUGUUUUUAGUUAUAGAUGAAGACAGAUCUUGUUUUGAAGAUUUCAAAAUUAAAAUUAAUAUGAAAUAAAAACAGAGAAGGCACUGUACUGUGUGAGUUUAACCUACUCAGGUUAUUACAAUAUGUUUUAAUUUUAGGGGUUUAAACAUAAUUUUAGUUCCAGUAUUUUGACUGAAUGUCUUUUCAAUUUUUACUUCUUUGAAUUUUUUUGAAAGGUGGAUGUUAUGUAUUUUGAUGGACGAUGUGUAACACAUAAUGAGUUGAUAUUAUUUUAGGCAACUAAUUUAAUCUUUGAUUAAGCAUGAUGCUCACUUUGAUUUUAUUCUGUUAAUUCAUGAAGCCAUGGUCAUACAAAAGUCAUUUACAGUCAAAUGUCAUAUUAUUAGUCAGCAUCUUUUGUUCCUUACGUACACUGAAAUCAUGUUCGGAUGCACUUUAUGAUGCUGAAACAUGCUCUAUUUUUUUCUUGGAAUAA